AGUCGUUUUCUUGAGAGUGUGUAGUCUACAGGCAAGCCACAAAAUAUAGAGAGGGAGAGAAAAAGGAAAUUAAUAAAAAAUAAGAGAGAGAGAGAGAGAGAGAGUCCCUCACUACUUUUUUUUAUGUUGCAAACUUGCACGCAUCCAUUUUGGCAGUGGCAGAAACAGAAGGAAGACAGUACUGCAGAGACACAAGGAGAGAAGAGAAGAAGAGAAGGACACAACCACAACCAAAACCAAGACCAACCCAAAAAAAAUAAGAACAAAAACAAGAUAGCAAACUUGGGGUUUUGAGAUAUAUAUACAUAUGAUAGAAAAAAAAAAAUGUAUGUAUGUAUACCAAGAUCACUCUCAUUUCUGUUUGUGGUGAGUUGGGUUUUUUAAGCUGCUGUGUAUUGUCCAUGGGUCAGAAGCUCUGAUUUUUUCCAUUUACUAUGGCCUUUUGGUCCAACACAAACUAAUUUAUUCAUAUUUGUAGUCUCUUCUCAGUUCUCAUAAAUAUAUAAUCUUUGUUUGGGAACAUUUGGGUGGUGUUAUUUUUGGUUUUCCAGAACUGGAGAGAGAUUGUGGGCUUGUGGGUUGUUUUGAAUGAAGGCUAUGCCCUUACCUUUUGAUUUUGAGGGGAAGGGGGUGUUAGAGUUUGUUGCAGAGACUUCAUUUCUUUUAUCAUCACCAUCUUCAAACCCAUUGGUGAAUUUUUGGAACAAAGAAUUUUGCUUUGUGGGUAGUGAGCCUACCUCUGUCCUGGAGACCUUCAGAAGCCCAAGCCCUCCUGCUUCUACUUCAACCCUGUCUUCUUCUCUGGGCUUCGGCGGAGGCGGAGGAGGAGGCAGAGGAAAUGGUGGUGGUGGUGGCGGCUCUACAGACACGGCCGCCGUGGCGUCGAUUUCACGCAACUCAUCCCAAAAAUGGCCGCCUGUGCAGCAAGAAACCAGCAGUUCGAAUAUGAGGAUUGAAUCAGUUCAACCCACUCUAGAGAUCGGCGGUGGCGGUGGCGGUGGCGGUGGCGGUGGCGGAGGGGAGAAAUGUGGACUGGGGAUGGAGGAUUGGGAAGGGGAACUGUCGGAGACGGUGGCGGCAUCGCCAAGCCAAGAGCAGUCUAUACUGGGGUGGAUCAUGGGAGACAUGGAAGACCCAUCUAUGGGAUUGAACAGGUUGUUGCAAACUAGCUGUGGACAUGACUUGGAAUUCAAUGGUGGGUUUGGUGUUGUAGAUCAAGGUUAUGGGGCAGACCCAGUUGGGGUGGUGGCUUCUGGUGGAGGAAAUUUGAUGGCUGGUGUGAAUCUUUCUUUGCCCACUUCAGGGUUUUCUCAGGGAUUCAACAAUGAAAAGAUUGGUUUGGCCCCAAAUCCAUCAACUCUUCCUAAUCACAAAAUUCCAAACCCUCCAAACCCUAUGUUCUCUCCAUUACCUAGCAAUCUUGUACCCAUUUCUUUAUCUUCCAAUGCAUUCAAUCAACCACAACAAAGUCCACAUCAACAACCACCAUUUGAGUGUGCUGAAGUAAAGCCACAGAUUUUCAAUCCACAAGUGCUAAUUAACCAGCACCAAGCUCAGCACACACAAAACCCAGCUUUCUUCUUGCCAUUGUCAUACACCCAACAAGAGCAACACCUUGUUUUGCCACCACCAGCAAAGAGGCACAACCCAGGUGGCAUUGAGCCGAAUUGUUCAAUCCCAAAGGUUCCUUUUUUGGAUUCAGGACAAGAACUAUCUCAUCAGCUUCAAUUGAUGCCUCAUUAUCUGCAGCAGAGGCCAACAAUGGUGGCAAAGCCGAAAAUUACUGGUGACGAAAUGGUGCACCAUCACCAGCAUCAACAACAGCAACAGCAGCAAGCUAUAAUCGACCAGCUAUAUAAGGCUGCAGAGCUGGUCCAAAUGGGGAAUUCUGUACUCGUGCAAGGGAUAUUGGCGCGGCUCAAUCACCAGCUUUCUCCAAUUGGUAAGCCUUUCCAUAGGGCUGCUUUUUAUUGUAAGGAGGCACUGCAAUUGCUCCUUCACAAUAACAAUAUGACACCCUUGGCAAUGAGUUCAUCUCAUUCUUCGCCUUUUAGUUUCAUUUUCAAGAUUGGUGCAUACAAAUCUUUCUCUGAAGUGUCCCCUUUUGUUCAAUUUGCCAAUUUCACUUGUAACCAGGCUCUCCUUGAAGCCUUAGAAGGAUUUGAUAGAAUCCAUAUUAUAGAUUUUGAUAUAGGUUAUGGAGGGCAAUGGGCUUCCUUUAUGCAGGAGCUUACAUUAAAGAAUGGUGGCGCGCCAUCGCUUAAAAUCACAGCAUUUGCCUCUCCCUCAACUUGUGACCAGCUCGAGCUUGGGCUCACUCAAGAAAAUUUAACACAAUUUGCUAGUGAAAUUAAUUUGGCGUUUGAGUUUGAAAGUGUGAGCCUUGAUUCAUUGAACUCGGCAUCAUGGUCACUCCCUCUUCACAUCUCUGAGAAUGAGGCAAUGGCAGUUAAUCUCCCGGUUGGUUCGUUCUCAAAUUACCAGUUGUCCCUCCCUUUGGUUCUUCGUUUUGUUAAGCAACUCUCGCCAAAAAUUGUGGUCUCUGUGGACAGAGGAUGUGAUAGAACUGACCUCCCGUUUCCAAACCAUGUAAUUCAUGCCCUUCAAUCUUAUUCCAACCUGCUCGAGUCUCUUGAUGCUGUAAAUGUGAACCUAGAUGCCCUACAGAAGAUUGAGAGGUUCUUGCUUCAACCAAGCUUUGAGAAUAUUGUGAUGGGUCGCUACCAGUCCCCGGAAAAGACACUGCACUGGAGGAACCUCUUUUUGUCAUCUGGGCUCUCCCCGUUAACAUUCAGUAACUUCACUGAAUCCCAAGCUGAGUGUGUUGUGAAGAGGACUCCAGUUCGGGGAUUCCACAUCGAAAAGAGACAGUCUUCGCUUGUUCUCUGCUGGCAGAGGAAAGAGCUCAUAUCUGCUUCUGCUUGGAGGUGCUGAAGAACAGCAUUUUGUCUUUGGAAUAGCCAAUUCAUUCCUGCUUGUGAAGGUUCCUCAUAAAUCAUUACUUACUGAAAUAGUCUCUGAUCCUUCUCUGUAUUCUUGCUUGUGAUUUCCCUUUGCUAAUUGUCCUCGUAGGUUAAGCAGAUUGUCUCCAGUAAAAAAGAACCAGGCAUCUUAGUAAUUGGAUGGUCUAGUUAGUUCUUUCUCUUUUAAUCUCUUAUGGGUAUUACUGUUAUGAUGUUGUCAUGCUGUUAUGGCAAGAGGCAGAAUUUGGUUCCAACUAUGUUGGAGCUGUUUGUUGUACACCUGACAAAAAGACAACCACAAAUGAAAAUGAGAAGCAUUUAAACCUUCAAA